AGACAUUCACUCACUCCACUCUCAGCGCUGUAGAGAAGAAGGCGGAAGCUGCAGCCGGAAGUGAGGGUAUAUUGCUGGGGAAAAGUUCCCACAGCAACAUUUCCAGGUGGAGAAAAACCUCCGAACAGAAGCCAAGAAAACACAAUGAAGAGAACGGAGCCUGCUAAAUAACUAACUAAGCGCCGGACUGAAUUCAUACUGUGAUAUUAGACCACAAAGGGAGGGGCCAUCGCAGCAGAGACUCGUUAAAGCGGAGUGGAGGAACUGAGUCUGAAUCCGCUCCUAGUGGAGCUGCUGCUCUGUUCGACCUGCUCGCUGACUGAGAGAGUGAAACUACUGCUGGGUUAAACUGAACUGCUCUGAGAAAAAAAAAACUAAACUGAAAUCAAGAUGGAGGACUCCAAUGGCAGUAAACCCUUUAUGGUAACCUCCUCCCUGUCUCUCCAAGUCUCAACCCCAUCCUUCUACAACCAGCCAAAAAAGUUUGCAUCGGUUGCACCUCCACGACCCAAAGGACCGUCUGGCCUAUCACAGACGCCAACCUUCUCUUCAUCAAUUGCAAGCACUGGUGUGAUUGGUAGGGUUGGGGAGGUGCCCCCGCCGCCUCCAGCCAUUGAUGACUUUCCACCCCCUCCUCCUCCACUGGAUGAGCUGCCAGCCCCUCCCCCUGAAUGCCAGACCACACCCCCUGCAUCUGAGGCCCCUCCACCUGCAUUUCCCGCCCCUCCCCCAGUUGCAGAUGACUUGCCCCUCCCAGUACCUCCUGAAGAUAUCAGCUUUAUGUCCUCAAGUACCUGUCCUGCUCCACCUCCUCCCCCUCCCCCUCCCCCUCCUGCACCGCCGCUACCCGAGCCUGGCACUGGUACCAGCUUUCAGAGACCGAUGGAAAAGCAGACUAGCUUUGACCGACAGCUGGACUCUCUAACUGAUAUGUUAUCAGAAAUGGAAACCAGAAGACCCUUCAACCCAAAGAUGCCCAGUCAGCCAUUGUCUGCGCCAGCCCCAAAGCCGCCACCCACUGCCCCCAAACCUGCUCUGUCCUUCCUGCCCCCACCUGAGCUGCAGGACCGCCCUCCCCCAGCUCCCUGGGCUGAGGAGCUGCGUGCCCGUACCACCCUACGUCAGACGGGUCCAAGCACAGUCUCUGCUCCAACUCCCGCUGCGCAGCCGCUGGCUAAAGGCCCUGCAGCUGCCCCCAAAGCAACAUUCUCUACCAGCCAACACGCUUCUAAUUUUGGUGUCAAGCCAUCAAGUCCUGCAACCACUGCAGGUACAAGAGGGAUUAACAAUGUCCCCUCCCACACCUCUUUUCCUCCACCUCCUGCUGCACCUCCUGCUGCACCUCCUGCUGCAGCACCUGCUCCUCCAGCAAGUGUUCCCAAACCUUCUCCAGCUUUCAGUCACUCUAAACCUACACCAACUUUCAGCCAAGAGAAAGUGGCUCCAUCCCCUCCAGCUGCCCCACAGCCUAAGCCAGCUUCAUCACCCAUCUCCUCAUAUAGCAAACCAACGGGCAACCCAUCUGCGCCCAAAGCUCCACAGCCAACAGGCCCUGGUGCAAGUGCACCCCCUGCUGGUGUUCCACUCUCAAUGAGAGAAGUUGAAGAGCUGGAGAAAUUGACCAAGGACUUUAUUAAAGACAUGGACAAAAAGGGUCCAGUUAUCACCUCUGCACCAACAGAGGUGUGUGGAAAGUGUGGGGAGGGUCUGUCGAGGUCUCAGCCUGCAGUCAGGGCGAUGGACAAACUUUUCCAUUCUCACUGUUUCUGCUGUGUGAGCUGCCGGCGCCCUCUGCAGGGCAUGCAGUUCUAUGACCGUGAUGGAACGCCAGAGUGCGAGGAUUGCUAUGUGAACUCCCUGGCAAUUUGUUCUCGGUGUGGGGAGCGGAUUACAGAUCGCGUGUUGAAAGCAGUGGGCCAGUGUUUCCAUGCCCACUGUUUCCGCUGCAGUGCCUGUAGCUGCACACUGGAGGGCGCUCCAUUCAUUACUGAUGAUGACAACAACCCCUUCUGUGUUCCUGAUUACCACCGACGUUUUUCUCCUCUGUGUGUGAGCUGCAAUGAGCCAAUUGUUCCUGACCCUGGGAGUGAAGAAACAGUCAGGGUUGUUGCCUUGGAGAAGAACUUUCACCUUAAGUGCUACCGUUGUGAGGAUUGUGCCCGCCCUCUUUCCAUAGAGGCAGACGCUGAUGGCUGUUACCCACUGGAUGGAAGAAUUCUGUGCAUGAAGUGCCACACAAAGCGUGCCAAGCAGGCCAUGCAGUGAUUGGACGAAACCCUUUUCACUCAUGCUGAAACCAAAUCUUAGAUACAAGAUUGACUGUGCUUUGAUUAUGUGGUUGCCACAUUGUUUUGUGCGUGCUUUAUAAGUUUUGCCUUGCCCUGUUGGGUAGGAGUGGCUCUCUGUUCUUUCUGUUCAUCUGCUUAGUUUCAUCAGCAAGCCCAGGGCUUAAUAACUUUAACAACUCUGUUUGUUCUAUGCAUGGCCUUUAGAACCAAUCCCUUUCACCAGGCCCUGCUGCUUUUUCUCAAAGGACUCUGUAGAUGAUUGACUGCAAAAUCACAAGCACAUCACCUCAGCGUGUGAUUGGUUGAAUUUUGAAUAUACUACACUGAUUUAGCCUGUCGUACAAUUUAAAAUAUGAGUAGAGGGGUUAGGGUUUGAUAUUGAAUUUGGACCUAUCUAUGAAUGACUGGUGACAUUGGCUGUUCAGUGCAGAAGUAAUGUACUGUACUGAAGCCCCAGUGCAACUGUCUGCCUUCAUUGCCUUCAGCUUCUAGCGUGCCUCGCACAGGAAAAAUGGCAACUGUCAUAAAAUACCAGCCUUUUGAACAAAAAAAAAUAUACAUUUAAGGAAGAUGAAAGGAGAGUUAGUGUUGCCUAUGAAUACUAGUAUUACUGAAAUACUGAUACUGAUCAUGAAUCAAAACUAUUUGAAGUAAGGACUAAACAGGGGUGGACAAAGCUUUACUUAUGUGUUGCAUGCAAUGUUUAUUGAACAAAGACUGAUGAUCAAAAAUUUGAAAAAAAGCACAUGAAUUGGUAAAAAUGACCUUAUUACCUAGCAUGAUAGAUGAUUCAAAAUUGUGCAGUGCCUCGCAUAACCUGGUAAAGAAUUGGACAGUUUUCAUUCUACAUAAUCAUGUGUGAUUAACAUAAGAAUCUUUAACAUGGAAUGUCCUCCAACAGAAAGGUAUGUGACCAUUGCUCAGUUGUAUUAUGGAGUAUGUGUAAAGUUUUUAAAGUAUUUCGGUGUGUUAGACAGUUGGCCAGUCAUAAGAGGUUUAUUAGGGACAAUACUUAGUCACAGCUUUUAAAACACUAUUAGAAUAAUGGGUAUGGUUAGAGUUUUUGCACAAAGGCCUUAAAAGACUCAGUAGCUAAAGUAUUAUUCAAUAAUAAACAAAUCUCUUUCAUGUAACUGUUAAACACUUGAUGCUACCUUGAAAUUACAGUCAACUCCAGAAAUGAACUUCUAAAAAGUUCUAAAUAUUGUGUGAAAAAUGCUUAGAAUCUAAGUAGGUAACAUUCCCUGAAAAUGCAUUUUAUACCCACUGCCUUCAUCACAUUUUUUUUAUUGGUUAUGUUUUGCUAGAAUUGAUCAUGAAUGUUCCACACAGUAUUGCCCUGUCUCUAGACGUAUUCUACUUUUGUUUAACAACUUCCCAGCAUCCCACUCUUUUCAGCUUUUUGAUUUAUAUAUAUAUAUAUAUAUGGGCAGUCUCUCACUGUUAUACCAUCAUGUAACCUUUUUUUGUUUUUGUUUUUUCUUCCUUCCACUUAGGAAUUUGUGUUUUGUUUGAAUUCCUUUCAUUGCUGAUGCAAUCAAAAAGGAUGGGUUCCAUUCUUUAAAAAAAAAAAAACUCAUGACCAAAUGUAUUGUUCUAUGAUUUAUUCAGUAUAAUCACAUUUUCUCCCAGUCAUAAGUUAGCACAUUGGUCUUACUGUCAUGCAGGUUUCAUCAUGAUACUGCGGAUUACAGUAUGUGAUGGAUAUCCAUGCAAAAGGGGUUUUCCACUGUUUUUAAAAGAAGGCCUGCACCGAGAUGUAAAAGUCGAUCAGAGUGGUUUGAUGUGAACCUUGGGUUUCUUUAUGAUGGUGGUGAUAGAAACCAGAGGUGAUAUCGUCUACAACGCAAAUAUAGCCAUUUUAUUUACUAUUUAAAAGACCACUGACCCUACAUGCAUCUUCUGAGUUUUUAUAUGUAAUGGUGAAAUAGUGGUAAAUCUGAAAGUUUUCUUUUGAUACUAUUUUACAUACAAUGUCCUGCCUUACAAUUUUAGGCCAAAACCGUAUCUCAAAACUAUAGUAAAACAGUGUCUCACACCUCAGACAGCACAUUUGUAACCACUUCAUAUAAUAACUUCCUCUAAUGUCACCUUUUUUAGAUGUGUAGUUCCUCUAAGCACAAUUCUGACUGAUGUUUUUUUAAAACAAAGAAUUUCACAGUAAAACCACACUGAAUGACUUUGUUUACAUUGUAUCAAUUAUGCAGAAAUUUUGGGGGAAAAAAAACAGUGGAAUUCUUCUUUAAGACUUUGUGUUUGCCUUUCAUUCAUUUACAUUACAUAUAUACAAGUGCUUUGUUAUUUUUGCAUACAGUGCAUUUAAAUUCCUUUCUAAUAUGUGAAUGUGUGUAUGUUUACGGUCUGAGGUAUGCCAACAUGUUGUUUCUGCAAUCAAGCUCCCAUUUGUACUGUAUUAUAAAAUAAUAAUAAUAAAAAAUGGUCAUUCAUUUG